ACCUUCAUUAUAAAUCUUAUGUCUGUGAGAUCCCACAAUGUUCUCUCCGAAGAUGCAGGAUUCUGUGUUUGGUCUGCUUUAUUUUAUUUGUAGUCUCAAAGGCCUGACAUGUUCACAAUGGACCAUGAAAGUACAGGAUCAGGUCAAUGGCACAUUGGGACAAAAUGUGAUUCUCCCCUGCGUCUUCACACACCCAAAACAAAAUACGUACACCGGCGAUAUCACUGUUAAAUGGAUGCAGGGCAACAAGCAUGAACCCAUUUUUCAGUGCAAAGUUCACAACAAGACAAAUAGACAAGACAUUAACUGUACUAAUCCAAGAUCAUCACAGCAAACCUCACUUCAAGGUAACCCCAGGAAAGGAGACACUUCCUUAAGGAUCAAUAAUUUACAGUUUACCAGCGCCUCACAGUACACCUGCAGGGUGGAGCUGAAUUAUGAUAAAUUCGAGAAACACACAAUGCUUAAUAUCAAUGCUCCGGCACAAAUCCUCAGCCUAUCCAUGGAUUUUGAGGUUCAAGGUAUGAUGCUGAAAUGCAUUGCCCAAGGGAAUCCAAUUCCACAACUAAAAUGGACCACCUCAUCUGGAUUGCUAGAAAACGCUCCAAACAAAACUGACUACAGCAACUACAUAGUCGCCAGCUCAGUUCUAGUCUCUGACCAGGAUGUGAGCGCUUGCCAAGCUGUGAACUCACUGGGCCAGGAUCAGAAAACAGUUCUACCAAACAAUCCAAAUUGUUCUGGUCUUUUGGUGACAACCAUUCUGGGGUGGUUGCUGUUGCUCGGACUUGUAGCAUUCAUUUUGGACAUGAUGAGGAGACGCCGUGCACAGAGAGUCAUGCUACGGGAUAUAGGUGUACAGCAGGUUAAAACGUCUAUACAUCAAACUAACGAGACAGUUUAUGCCAAUAUCAGAACUUGUUCAGUUGGUCGUGAAUCUAGACAUAGUGAUGUGUACUCAACAGGGGCAUUGAGAGAGGAGGGAAAGGUGGAAAAGAUUCCCAGCUGCAGGGCCCCAAAAAUUAGGCCCCCAGGACCCCCAGGACCCCCGCCAGACAUUGGCUAAAAGUGAAAGGCGCUGAUCCGGAUGGACCAAUCACAUUUGUUUUUGAAUGCUGUAUGAUGAUUUUUAAAAAUCAUUUUAUGUUAAAUUUGUAUGGUGUAGUUUCCUAUGUAUUUCAGAUAUGUCACUAUAGUUAGUAUGUUAAAAAAA